UUCAGAGCUGUGUAGUGCACAAUCCAAGCUUAACAGAGACGGAGAUGAGGACGUGUGUGAUGCGGUGUUGUCUGACCCUGCUGGGUUUGUCUGUGGCGCUGGGUGGUUACGGCGUCUCAUCUCAGCCGGACCUGGAUCUGAGACACCGCAGACUUCUGCAGAGAGUUUAUGACCUCGGCCUGGCUGCACAGGAGUGGACUAAGAAUGAUCUGAAGGACAUUCUAUCCCAGCUCACCCUGCCAGAGUCAGAGUUUCAGGAGAGUGACAUUUCAACUCUGGGGACAAAACAAGACCUGACGGUGGAAUUAGAGCGAUCUGCAGAGGAGCCCAACAGCCUCCCACCUCGAGAGCGAAAAGCAGGAUGCAAGAACUUCUACUGGAAAGGAUUCACUUCCUGCUGAGGUUCUGCCGCUCUAGUCAAAUGAACCCAACCCUGGCCACUCCCGGGUCGCUGCUGCUGAUUGACCCCGCCCUCGCCUGUGAGGUCCAAUCAGUCGCUGGUUUCUAUCAUUUAAUCAUAUCGAUCAGAUUCAACUGUAAGUUUGUGAUUGAGAAGAAAUAAAGAUGAAUGCUGCAUUUGAUUUUA